CUUUUUGGUCCGGAACAAAAAAUGGCAAAUCGUCAUCAACAAUUGAGCAAUUUGAUCAAAUGGCUGGGUACUUUUGAUCUUCAAGCACCGCACGGUUCCGUGGAAGACAUAAGCGAUGGGGUUGCCAUUUCCGAGACAUUGACUCAAAUCGCACCUGAGUGGUUCACGGCUGCUUGGAAGGCUAAGAUCAAGACCGACGUGGGCGCCAAUUGGCGUCUUCGAGUGAGCAACAUGAAGAAGAUUGUUGAGGCUGUGAUGGAGUAUUACAUGGAAUGUUUGAACGAGCAAUUGUCGGGUUACUUAAAGCCGGACGCGAGCAAGAUCGGCGAGCAUUGCGAUCACGAAGAGGUGCGUCGCUUGUUGCAGCUGAUAGUUGGCUGCGCUGUCAAAUGCGAUCAGAAGCAACAAUAUAUCAACAGAAUAAUGUUGAUGGAAGAAAGUGUGCAACAGGCGCUUAAGCAGAUAAUAGAGGAAUUGGACGGUCCGGAGAUGCAGAGCUUAAAAAACUUCACACCUGACGGUGGUCAGCAGAGACUUCACGACGAGCUUCAAAAGAUAAUAGAAAUGAAGGACCAACUGGCCCAGAGAUGUUACGAACUCGAUCAACAACUUUCUUUGUUGCAGGAGGAAAAGGCUGCGCUGAUUGCAGAAAACAAGAAACUGCAGGAACGACUGGAUGAGUUUGAGAAUCCAGAAGAAUCUAGCUCUAUUUUGAAAUAUUCCGGACUACGGAGACAGGUGGAAGCGCUCAAAGAGGAACUGUUUAAGACAGAGACAUCGAGAGAUGAUUAUAGAUUGAAGGCGGAAUUGUUGGAAAAGGAAAUCUUGGAACUGCACUCGAGGUUGGAAGAUCUACAGAAAGAGGCCGAACAGGCUAAUCGUUUGAAGGACGAAGUAGACGCUUUGAAGGAAGAUGCGUACAAGGUAGCGGAGUAUAAGAUCCAAGUGGAAUCGUUAAAGAAGAAAUUGGAAAACAUGAGCGACCUAAAAAGACAGUUGAAAAUAAUGGAGGAUAACAAAGUCGAGUACUUUCAAUAUAAAAUUGAUUACGAGGAGGAGGUAAAACGCACGGCUAUGUUGCGGAGUCAUCUGGAAGCGUGCAAACAGCAACUCACGGAAGUUCAUCGAAGAAAGGAAGAGGAAAGCAACAAAUGCGACCGGUUGGAGUUUGAGAACAAGAAAAUGGAAGCAAAAUUGAGCGCUCUGCAGAGAGAGAGAGAUCGGUUGAUCAUUGAGAGAGAUUCUCUGAAGGAAACAAUUGAGGAAUUGAAGUGCACGCAGGCAGCCGAGAAUAUGGCAAAACCCAGCAGCGGAGUAACCGGGACCGAGAUAAUCCCCCUCGAAAUCAAGGAGAAACUUCAUUGCUUGAAACUGGAGAACGAGAUGCUGAAGAAGAAAUUGAAAAUAACGGGCAACGAGGAUGUGCCGAGCGUGCAGGCGUUGCUUGAGGAUUCGCAAGAACGCGUGAACACGUUGCGCGGACAAAAUCGCAAGGCAAAUCAGAAGAUAAUAGAGUUGGAAGCGCAACUUGAGGAAGUCAUGGGUUCUCGAUUCGGUGACGACAGCAAGAACGACAACGUGGGUUUGAAUCAAAAAGUAUUGCAGUUGCAGGACGAGUUGCGAAAGGCGCAGACUGAAAGAGAACGACUGACGUUGCAGCUCGAAGAACGCGAGAACGCUUUGCAGACUCAAAAACAGAAAGUAUACACUCUUCAGGAGAAACUGUCGCGAAAGGAGGACGAAAACGCCGCGCUCGAAGAACGUUACAGGAAAUACAUCGACAAGGCUAAAAGUGUAAUAAAAAGUCUGGAUCCUAAACAGAACAAUUCGUCACCGAGCGAGAUAAUCAUGUUGCGCAACCAACUGCUGGAGCAACGUAAGAUGAUGGAGGACAUGGAGCGCACCAUGAAGGAAGCUAAGUUGCUGCGAGAAAUGGAAGAAAAAUUGAUGGUAAGCGCUUUUUAUAGACUAGGUCAGAAUUGUCAUAGAGAAGUGAUGGAUCAACGGCUCGCCGCGCUCAGUUCGGGACAAGGUCAAUCUUUUCUCGCCAGACAGAGACAACCCUCGGCAAGGCGUCAUCCACCUUACAAUUCUAAAUGAGGACACGCGCGAAAACAAACUCGAUUCAUAGUCCAAAGAUUGCAGAGAAAUGGUAAAAUAAAAAUAAAGCAAAAUCGUCGUCGGUAAAAAUAAAUAUGAUGUUCUCAUAUUUUUUAUCAAUAUUAAAAAAAAAAAAAAAACAUCCCAAGUAUUUUUUUUAUUAUAGUAUAAAUAUUUCAAUUCCAAACUACGCAUCAUGUUUAUCUUUCUGUUUUAUCAUCAUUUUGAUACGUUUGCUUUAUUUGUUUCAUCAAUUAAACUUGUUCGCUGCAAAAAUGAGAUAUCUCUGUUUUACACUCGUAGAUUUUUACGGAAUCUUGUACGGAUAUCUUAACAAAAUCUUGACAUCUUUGUAUAAAAUUCAUAAAACCAGCACAAGGCGGACUUAUUCUGUACCUUUAUAAUACGCAUUCAUUAUGAAUCUUUGUACAUAGACCAAAAAAAAUUGCGUUCAGCAUUGCAAAUCGGAAACGACGGUGUAAAACCAAUAAAUAAAAAAACUUUUUAUCGCGAUCAAUUGCAUUAAGUAGAUACACAAAUUUACGAGAUACGAGCACUCCGAUUUCGAUUUGCGAUACAAAACACAUUAAAUAUAUAUAUAUAUAUAUUUAUAUAUAUAUAUAUAAAUAUAUAAAAUAUAUAAAUAUAUAUAUAUUACAAGAUAAUUUCGUUAACACAAUAUGUUAUAUGAACUAUAUUUAUUGCGACAAUAAGAACGAAAUUAUCGAUAUAAGUUACAGAAUAACGGGACUGGUAACACGCAAGUCCAUUAAUUAAUUGUAAUCACUUUUUAUACAUUAAUGUGUUCGUAUAUCCUUUUCUCUUUUUUUUUUUUUUUUUUUUUU